AGUCUUCCCAGUACACAACACAAACACUGCCAAGCAACAUUGGUUUAUUCAUUGUGAAACUGCAAACAUUAGCAAAAGGAAAUGACAUUGACCAAAGUGCAACAUCAAUUGUCACUUACACAAUUAUUCUUCAGCAGAUUCACAUUUCGGUCCGACAGACAUUGAGAGACGCAAAAACAGAGAUGAUACUCAACAGCAGCUUUGAAAAUGACUCCUAUUAUGAAUACAAUGAUAUAUUAAUUCCAAUGUGUGAAACUGAUGACUAUAAAGAAAUCACAGCCGUGUGCUACGCCACUAUCUUCUGCCUCAGCAUACUUGGUAAUGGUCUCCUCCUGUGUGCCCUCACGUGCUAUGAAGACCUGAAGAGGGCCACCAACCUGUUCAUGUUCUGCUUGUCUCUGUUUGAUCUACUCUUCACCCUGACAUUGCCUUUUUGGUGUGUGGAGCUUCUCAAUCAUUGGGUCUUUGGCGACAUUGCCUGCAAGGUCAUGACUGGGUCCUACUUUGUAGGCAUUUACGGAAGUCUCAUUCUUCUGACGGCCAUGACGCUUGAUCGUUUCAUUGUCGUGGUGGUAAGAAGUGACUGGCUAACACGGGGUCGAAGGCUCAUAUGUUCACGAGCUGCCUGUGCUGGUGCGUGGAUCAUCAGUUUGUUGGCUUGUCUGAGAGAUUCGAUGGCCUCGAAGGCAGAGAACGAGCAUAUCGACACCUACACGUGUAAAAGCACCCCUACGGAUGAUGAUAAUGUGGGAUAUUAUACGCAGUUCAUUCUGCUUUUCCUCGUACCGUUUGUGGUUAUUGUUUUCUGCUAUACCAAAAUCCUGUUAACGCUCAUGUCAAUGUCCACUAGGCAAAAAUACAGGACUGUAAUAUUGGUGUUGUGCAUUGUUAUAGCUUUCUUUGUAUGCUGGGGACCAUAUCAUAUUGUCAUAGUGUUGCUGUCCAUCUAUGAUCCCUGUGAACAUUAUCAGUUGCACGGUGCGUUUGUCUUCUGCAGGAUUCUGGCAUUUUCACACUGCUGCAUGAAUCCAGCAAUGUAUUUUCUCAGAGGAAAGUUCAGAAGGCUUGUGUCCAGCUUGCUAUUUUGCUCUCCUGAACUCAGGCAUUCGGGACGGUACAGAGGAGGCACGGAUCCAAGCGACUCCCGGAUUCAUCCGUACAUGACUGAAAGGGUUCUGGAAAAUGGUGGUGUGGGACAAACAAAUGCCACAGAGCUGAACUCAAUGUAAAAGCUUUAUGAAAUGUCUGUGAUUUUAAACUUUAAUUUGAAUUUAUUUAUUCCCAAAGGAAAUUUUAUUGCUCAAAGGUUGCGCUUUCAUAACACAUGAGACUUUAAUGGAAUCGCAAAAUUCAACAAAUGGAAUUGCAAAAACCAUGACUGUUUUCAAACAGGUUUCCCGAACACUCCCUCGGUCUUCCAUUGGAUGAAAACAGAUAGUCCUCCCUUAAACUUACACCAUUGGUUGAGAAAAUGCUGCUGUGUCGGGCUGCUCAAACCAACAAAGUAAUGUUUUGAAAAUGCCACAUUUUACUUUUCGUCUUACUUUUCGGUGAAAUCAGCCUUUGCUUUAACAGUAGUUGUCUCUGCAUAUUAAGCUGGGAUUAGAGAAAAAAUAUCCCCAUAAAAUUCCAUAGGACACAUAAAAAUGAGACACCAAUGACACAAUUGUUGGCAUCUAGUAAGAAUUUCAAGCUAUAAAAUUAAUGUAGAGAGCAUAGUUUAGAUCAGGGGUACUCAACUUCAGAAAGCCAGGGGGCCAGAAAGCAGGAUCCCUUUAGCCUUGAGGGCUGCACUCUUAUGUAUUUAUUUAUUAAAACAUAUUUUAAUUACUAUUUAAUAAUAAUAAGGUGAGCAGACUACGCUAUAUGCUAUUUAAUACAUCAUGGACACAUGUAAUUAACAUAUGUAAAAUAAAACAUUACAUAUGGAUAUAUAGCAAAUUUCUUGUAAAAAUGUGGUUCUUUAAAAAAAAAAAAUUGUGAUAUAUUAUUAUUAUAAUGGUCAUAUAUAGGACAAUGUGUUUUUUUAAAGAUCUGCACUUUUACAAGUAGACCAUAUACUGCAGUAGAAUGCACAACUCUAAAAAAUUACAAUGUACAAUUAAAAUGUAAAUUUUGAGAAAUGUUGAUAUUUUUUUAGACUCAGCGCGUGCAUUUUUAAGGUGACCAAGAGCGCGCACAAACUGUUGCACAGACUGAUGCCGCACGCAUGUUAUAUAAACUGGCUUAUAAUCAGAUUUAUAUUUGCAGAUUUGUUGUUUAAUUCAUUAUUUUUAUCCGUUUGCCUUUUCUUUUCCUCUCUAGCGGUUCAGCAGUUUAUCCAUACUGAGAAUUACCGUAAAGGCUCUAGAAAAUUGACACCUUAAAUUAUUACACAUUCAAAAACUUUAUGUGAUGACAUCAUGUGGGCCACAAAAAGAUGGUUUGUGGGCCACCUGUUGAGUACCAUUGAGUUUAGAUCAUUUGGUAUUGGAAGAAUUUCAAUCAAUUGAGAACUGUGACUUUUGAUGGGAGCACAGCUCAAGACAGUGUUGAAAUCUCAUAAACUCUAGAGGAGACAUAUGUGAGUUGGUCUUUUUCUCAGGAGGAUUCAGCCAAAGAAGUCUGCAACUGAUUUACAUUCAAAAGGAUAGUUCACCCAAAUAUGAAAAUUCUCUCAUCAUUUACUCACCCUCAUGCCAUCCCAGAUGUGUAUGACUUUCUUUCUUCUGCUGAACACAAAGAUUUUACAAUGCAAGUGAAUAGGUGUUCAACACUUUCAAGCUCCAAAAAGCAUAAAAGUAAUCCAUAAGACUCCAGUGGAUAAAUCCUUGUCGUCUGAAGCGAUCCAAUCGGGUUUCGGUGAGAACAGACCAAAAAUGUAACUUCUUUUUCAGUAAAAAUCUUCUCGUUGGCGAUCAUGAUUUCUAGCUCGAUUACACCUCCUAGUGCUUGACACAUGCACAGCACACUAGACUGCGCUAGGAGGUGUAAUCAAGCUUGAAAUCAUGAUCACCAAGGAGAAUGCUGAUGUCAAGAUUUAUAGUGAAAAAUGAGUUAUAUGUUGAUCUGUUUCUCACCCAAAACCAAUUGGAUCACUUCAGAAGACAUGGAUUAAACCAGUGGAAUUUUUUUGGAUUUUAUGGAUUACUUUUGUGCUGCCUUUAUGUCCCUUUUGGAGCUUCAAAGUUUUGGACCCAAUUUACUUGCAUUGUAUGGAUCUAAAGAGCAGAGAUAUUCUUCUAAAAAUCUUCAUUUGUGUUCUGCAGAAGAAAGAAAGUCAUUCACAUCCGGGAUGGCAUGAGUGUGAGUAAAUAAUGAGAGAAUUUCAAUUUUUUGGGAAACUAUCCCUUUAAUCUCAUUGUUGUCUACGAGAGACAAUUAAGAUAUUAAAGAUAACUUAUUUCUUGUUGUUUUUUCUUUGCUAUGGGUUAUGAUCAGACAGCUGGUAAUGUACAGUAUAGUUUUUCUCUGUAUUAAGUAUUUAGUAGAAAAUAUUUGUGUUCUUGCUGUGUUCAAAGAUUUACUUUAAGAUAAGAGUGUGUGUAUUAAAAAAAAAAAAAAAAAAAUAUGAGUUGUGUAUAUAACUUUGAAGUCCAUUUGAUUGGCAUCUGGUAAAUUGGGAUGUGAGUGGGCUGGGCAUUUAUGUGACUGAAGACUUGCAGAUCAAGGUUGAUUUCAGUUUCUCUGUACGAGAGAGGACGGAUAUUUUAAGAAAAAACCACCAUAACCAAGAAGAUGGGAAUUCUGCUGGGGUGAUUAUCGCUGUAUGCUACAGCAUCAUCAUCUGCAUCAGUCUACCAGGAAACACUUUCCUGCUCUGGGUGCUCUUGAAGCAAGUGGGUUUGAGCAGCUCUGCAGACUGCUUCCUCCUUCAUCUUACAGCAUCUGACCUGAUCUUCACCUUAACGUUGGUCCCCUGGACCAUCAACCAGAUCCAGGGCUGGAUCUUUGGGCAGCUGUGGAUGGAUGCCUCCCUCACCCCCCUUUCUCUGGUGGGCACAUCUUGGCAUGGCUCCCACCUCGUAACUCUCCAGGGCUGCCCGGCUGUUCGACGUUCUCUGCUGUCUCUGCAGGGCAAUCUUUAAAAGCAGUAAGGUGUGACGGUACCGACUGGCAGCUUGGCAGCGGUGCCCGAGGAUAGCAGCGCUCUCUGAGCUGUGUGCCGAUCAACCGCCACUAUCAUGAUCAUCAAACUAUCUAUACAUUACCACUGCCACAUAUGUGCAUGGAUGGGCACUCUUAUGUGCAAAUGUGAUUGGUAUUUUAUGCAUGUAGAUGACUCGCUCCUGUAAACCAUAUGCCCAUGCUUCCAUUAGCCUAUAAGUUUGUUUGCAAAGCACAAAGAGGCCAUUAAAAAUGCAUAAAUAAUUAAACAGAUUCGUGUUUUCGUGACAAAGACACUGGACCACAUCGACUCCUCUUUAAACUCUAGCACACUAUUUAGAGGUAUUUUUACAUUUUCAGAAGAAAAUGUGAGUUGUUCUUGCCGGUCUAAAACUGGCAGCCAUGAUGCUAGUGUGUUGUGGGUAGUUGCCAUGGCAUUGUUAUGCAGUUGCUGAGGUGUUCUGAAUAUUUUAACAUGUUGCUAGUUGGUGGAUAGGUUGUUCUGGUGUGUUGCUAGGUGGUUGCUUACUAGCAGAGACUAUUUAGCAGAGACGGGCCACUUCUAUUAAAAUUAAUGGAGAAAUUGGAAUGCCCAAAGGUCAACGGAUGUAGAAAGGAAGUCCCGCCUUACAGGUAAAAGAGCCAAUCAUCUUUUAGAUAUAGAUAUCACCUUUCAAUCAGCUCGAGAAUGCACAUGUGCAUUAGUUAUGCAAGCCGGGAAUUUAUUUGUAUUUUUUAGCGUAAUCUGAGGUAAAGAAGGACAUUUUAUGAUUCCAGUGUUGUCAGAUUUUAUUGCUGAUUUGAAAAAUAGUUUCUUUGAUCAUAAUCUUGACCAACCGUUUAUGAGAUUUCGUUGUUUCCCCAUUCAUGCAGAGAGCAGGUGCACUGUCAUGAAUGGAAAUAGCAACUCGAGAGCUUUCCAAAGACCGACAUUGGACUGACAUCCUAGGAAGACUUUGUUAAUAAUUAAAAGUCUCUAUUAUAUUUUGGUCUCUAGAUAUGGUUCAGGUCUCUCCUUCAAUGUCUGGGAAUCUCAAUGCCUAUUUUAACAUUCACCAGGCAAAAAUCGCAAGUUCAAUCACUUAGAAAAAUACAGUAAUAACCCAUUUGUCC